AUGGAAGAAAAGGUUAUGUUUCGGGAAGGACUUAGAGAUUGUAUUCAUUAUUUUGGUAUAUUUAUCGUGUCAGAUGCUUUUCCCUUUCUUGAGGGAUGGGAUGUGCAAGGAUAUGAGAGACAUAUGAAGAGGUCGGCCAAGAAUCUGGACUCUAUAUUACAAGGAUGGUUGGAGGAGCAUCGGCGGGAGAGAUCAUCCAUGAGUAGCAACAAGAUGAGGGUUGAACAAGACUUCAUGGAUGUUAUGAUAUCCAUCUUAGAGGAGACAAAGAUUUCUGAUUUUGAUGCCGAAACGGUCAUCAAGGCUACUUGCCUAAAUUUGAUUCUAGGAGGCAAUGACACUACUACGGUGACUCUUGUAUGGGCUGUUUCACUAUUACUCAACAAUCGUCACGUACUGAAAAAAGCACAAGACGAAUUGGACAUGCAUAUCGGUAAGGACAGAAAUGUAAAUGAAUCAGAUAUCAAUAAAUUGGAAUAUCUCCAAGCCAUUGUCAAGGAAACAUUGCGGCUAUACCCGGCAGCUCCAUUAUCUGGACCACAUGAGGCCAUGGAAGAGUGCACUAUUGCUGGUUAUCGGAUUCCGAUCGGCACCCGUAUAGUGACAAAUCUGUCGAAGAUCCAUCGAGACCCACGUGUAUGGUCCGACCCAUAUGAAUUUCGGCCCGAGAGAUUUCUUACAAGCCACACAGGCGUAGAUGUUAGGGGUCAACACUUUGGAUUCAUACCUUUUGGGUCUGGAAGGAGAAUGUGUCCUGGGAUUUCUUUUGCUACUCAAGUGGUGCCUUUGGUUCUAGCUCAUUUGCUUCAUGGGUUUGAGCUUGCAACCCCUUCAGAUGUACCUGUGGAUAUGACAGAAAGCUCAGGAUUAACCAACCUCAAGGCAACCCCACUUGAAGUCCUCGUCACCCCACGUCUUCCUUGCAAGCUUUAUCAAUCUUAAGAAUCAAAUCUAAUGUAAGUU